AUGUUCCAUAUUCCGGUUCCCGAUGGGUUCGUGGUUCGAAGUCCGGAGGCUGCGCGGGAUGUUGUAUACAAUAUCAACGCACCGUCGGUUUUAAAGGCGCAGAUUUUAGCAGGGGGACGUGGCAAGGGGAGAUUCAGCAGCGAUGGGAAAGGCGGAGUCCGCAUAGUCAAUUCGCCAGACGAGGCGUACGAAAGUGCAUGCAAAAUGAUCGGCCACCGUCUCGUCACGAACCAGACCCCCCCGCGCGGCAUCCUGGUGGAAAAGCUCUAUAUCUACAAAUCCGUCGACAUUGCGCAGGAAUUCUACCUGGCCGUGACCUUCGAUCGCCAACGAUACACCCCCGUGCUCCUCAUGUCGGCCGACGGAGGCGUCGAUAUCGAAUCCAACGUAGAUCGACUGCAGCGCUUCUGGUUCCAUCUCCCCACGGGCAUCACCCCGGAGAUCACAGCCUACAUCCAGGCCCAGUUUGGGUUCCCCGACUGCGAAAUGCAAGUCAUCGCCCGCCUCCUGCACCAGCUGGUCAAGCUGUUCCAGGAGAAGGACGCCACGCUCCUCGAGCUCAACCCUCUCGUGCGCACCACUGAAGAAGCACCCUCCUCCUUUAUCUGCCUAGAUGCGAAACUGAGCUUCGACCCCUCGGCCAAGUUCCGCCAGCCGGAGCUCUUUAGUCUCGAGGAACACCUCCCCGAGGAAGCCGACGAGUACGAAGCGGCGCAGCUGGGUCUUUCCUACGUGCGUCUGGACGGCGAUAUCGGCGUGGUUGUUAACGGCGCCGGACUGGCCAUGGCCACGAAUGACCUGGUCACUCUGUACGGGGGGCGAUGUGCGAAUUUCCUAGAUAUCAGCGGAGGCGCCACCAAGGAGACGCUCUCCAAGGCGUUUUCGAUCUUGAAUCGGGAUUCUCGAGUCAAGGGUCUUUUGAUAAAUAUCUAUGGGGGAAUUGUUCGGUGUGAUUUAAUCGCCGAGUCGAUCCUUGCUGCUGCUGCUGCUGCUGCCACGACUGGGGGAUUCAAGAUUCCUGUCGUGGUCCGGCUGCAGGGAACGAAUUUUGAACAGGGCUUGAAAUUGGGAAGUGCAUUUCUUCCUUCCUUUCUUCUAUCAAUUGAAUCGUCUGGCCUGGGUAACGUGGUGUUUGAGCCUGAUUUCGAGGCAGCCGUUCAGAAGAGUGUCGAACUAUGUCGGUCUCAGGAGUGA